AUGUGGUCACCUUGCAGUGCAGCAGAGCGCCACAAGGUGGCUCCUCAGGUUUGGGUUUUACAGAUGGUUUGUGUCACCCCUGGCACUAUGGUGCCUUUCUUGCAAUGUUUUAAAUUGGCCAGGCUUUUCCUUCUCGGAUGGUCUCUGAUUGCAGUUUCUGAAACUGCAGGAACGUUGGAUUUUCCAGGGGCUGUUUCCUGCCUUGAUGAUGGUCUUCAAGUAAGAAAACCAAAGGGUCUCCGCUUGGCCUCCUGGAAUACCCUGCAAGUUAUAGAUUCAGCUGGAAUUCCAGUGAAAGGUUGUAGUGAUCUAGUAGAGGGGAAAACUGCUAAUAUUCCUGCUCGCUGCAUUAAAAAUGAGAUGGGAACGCGCCUUGUGCUCAUGAAACUUGACGGACGUGCAGGACUGGAGAGUUCGAUAUACAGGGCAGUCUGCAGUGACAUGCAGGCAGAUGACGCAGACGAUGCUGCGAGAGGGACGGUGGUAAAUUGCGCGCAGGACUUCAUGAUGAUAGCAGCUGUCCGGCCACCUUUCUGGAGCGUACAGAUACAUGACGGACAGAGCUUUCAGACGGUCUCUGUGAGCCAGGCCAGAGCAAUGGGCUAUAUACUGACUUCUGAUCCCGACUUCAUGACAAUCCAAGCGUCUUUUGACGCUGUUGGAUUUAAAGAAUACACGCUUGAAAACCAGAAGUUCUAUGUUGGUGCAGUUCGGAUGACUUCACAGGCUGGUGCUCCCAGAAUUACUGUUGAUAUACCAAUGAUCUGUUCCAGAGAUGCAGUUUGUUCAUCCUCAGGAUUCAUGACGUUUGAGAUACUUGACACGCACACCCUGCCAAAGCUGAACUUGAACACUGUUAUUUUUGGAGAUGGAACCUGUCUGCCCACCAAUCGAUUGACAAACAAGCUCUCGUACAAUGUAUCACUACUGAGUUGUGGCACUAGAACUAGGUUUGUAAAUGGCAGGUUAACUUAUGAAAACGAAGCUAGAGCACUCAGGAAGGAUUUUGGACGAGGAAGAAUCUCUCGAGAUAGUGAGUUAAGAAUAACUGUCCGGUGCUACUACAGCGACAGCGGCUACUCCCCACUGAACUUGACCGUUGUAACUGUUCCACCUCCUGUAUCUUCGAGAAGCGAUGGUCCUCUCUCCCUUAAACUGGAUCUAUUCCCGGAUGAUGCGUACAGAAGUGCCUAUACAGACAGCCAGUACCCAGUUGUGAAGACCUUGCGAGAACCCAUCUUUCUUGAAGUACGGGUCUUGAAUCGUGAUGACCCAAACAUUGAACUAGUGCUGGAUGACUGCUGGGCAACAAUGUCCCGCGAUCCUACAGCUGUGCCUCAAUGGAAUAUUGUUGUAGAUGGUUGUCAAGAAGCGAGAGAUGACAGGAUGACAAUAUUUCAUGCUGUCGGUCUUGAUGUGCCAUACCCUACUCACCAUAAACGCUUUGAAGUAAAGGCCUUUGCUUUUAUGUCUGGUGGUGAAGCCUCCACAAACCUGAUUUAUAUUCACUGCAGUGCAACAAUAUGCAAUAAGAUGACACCAGAUUUUCCACUCUGUACAAAGACCUGUCCGGCAUCCAGGCCAAGGAGAGACUUGGAUGGCCUGCAGAUGCACAAAGGCUCUCUGGUUAGCUUGCCUGGCCCAGUCUUGAUGAUGGCAGCGGAAUCCUCUGUGCGGUCUCAAGAUGAAACGAGUGCUCUUGGACAAGUGACCAUUGGACUCCUGCCUGCCUUUGCUCUGAUUGCUGUGACUCUGUCUGGUGUUGGUUUAGUCUCUGUUUUUAAGGCAAAAAAUGCUGCUAAAUGAACAUUUUUGUAAUAAAGAACUGGUCUGAGAAA